CCAAUUGGUUCUUUUCUUUACCUGUACACUUUUUCUUGUUGAAAAGAAACUAUAAGAAAAUAAACUUGAAAAAAGAAAGUGCUUUUAUUUAAGCACUAGGUGGGAUUGUUAUUGGAGGCUUGAAGUUAUUGGAGUUCUGGUUGGUCUUCUUGCUUUGGAGUUCCUCUGCAACAAUGAAAAUCGUCGCUUCUGCUUCUGCACUGUCGGAUCCUGUAAGUAGAUCGUGCCUCUUCACUCUUUUUAUUGCAGUUUCUUUGAUCUGUGGCGCAUACUUCAUUGGCAAUGCUGCAAAGGAUCACAAGGAAAGGAUAAUGAGAUGGGGAGUGAUUAAUAGUAUGCGGAAAGCAAACUCUAAUGCUUGCAAGAAUCAGUGCAGGUCUCCUGGAACUGAGGCAUUACCUCAAGGAAUCGUUGCCAAAACGUCAAACUUGGAGAUGCGGCCUUUAUGGAGCUCCACUAUGAAACUUAACAAUCCAAAGUGUUCCAUGAACUUGUUGGCCAUUGCGGUUGGAAUUAAGCAAAAAUAUGUAGUUGACAAAAUUAUCCGAAAGUUUCCUUCAAAAGAUUUCGUUGUUAUGCUUUUCCAUUAUGAUGGUGUUGUGGAUGAGUGGAAAGAUUUAGCAUGGGCCGAGCGUGCCAUACAUGUAUCUGCGGUGAAUCAAACAAAAUGGUGGUUUGCAAAACGUUUCUUGCAUCCAGAUAUUGUUGCCGAGUACAAUUAUAUAUUCCUCUGGGAUGAGGACAUUGGCAUUGAGAAUUUUAAUCCAAGACGAUAUUUAUCCAUUGUUAAAGAAGAGGGACUCGAAAUAUCUCAGCCAGCCCUCGAUCCUGUUAAGUCAGAGGUACAUCAUCCAAUCACUGCACGUAGAAGAAAUUCAAAAGCUCACAGGAGGAUGUAUAAGUUUAAAGGCGGUGGACGGUGUGAUGCCCACAGUACUGCUCCUCCAUGCAUUGGAUGGGUAGAAAUGAUGGCACCCGUGUUUUCGAGAGCCGCAUGGAGAUGUUCAUGGUAUAUGAUCCAGAAUGACUUGAUCCAUGCAUGGGGCCUGGAUAUGCAGCUCGGCUAUUGUGCACAAGGUGAUCGAACCAAGAAUGUUGGUGUGGUUGAUUCUGAGUACAUUGUCCAUAUGGGCCUUCUGACACUUGGUGUCACUACAGAACAUGAGUUAAACCCUGUCGGACAAGCUCUAUCUAAUCAGGACAAGUUAUCGAACUUGGAGGCACUGCCACCAUCAUCGCCCCGCAGAUUCGAUAAUAGACCGGAGGUGAGAAGACAGUCCUUCAUUGAAAUGCAGAUCUUCAGAAAAAGAUGGAGAGACGCUGUGGAGGAGGAAAAAUGUUGGGUUGAUCCAUAUCAACAAUUCGCAAACCAAACUAGUCAUUAAUUCUAUUUAUCGCGCAUU